ACGAACUUCCGUAACAGAGCGGUCUCUCUCUCUCUCUGCGCGACUUCUCGAAACUUCGGAGUCGGACUCUUCGGAUUUGAUCGACCGAUCCAAGAAACCCUAGAAAAUGGUGAAGAAGAAGGUCCCGGAAUGGCUGAACAGCGCCAUGUGGUCUACUACGCCUCCGAACGACGACCGCCUCUUCCGCCAUUCCUCCGCCACCAUCAUCUCACCGACCAAGGCGGAGCCCCCACUUACCUCCGUCGCCUCCAGGCAUGAUCCUUCUCCUCCUCCGGUGUCUCCGUCUCCUUCUCCGUCGCCUAGAUACCCGCGAAACGGCACCGCUGUUUCCGACGGUGGUGAGGACAAUGGCGUCUCUGUUAGACCUUCCGCCGAGGAGAUUUCCCGCCAGGCUCAGCUCGCGUCGGAGUUAUCGAAGAAGGUAACCAACUUGAAAGAAAUUAGGAGUAUGGCAUUACAAGGUCUACCAGAUGCUCCUGGGAUUCGCUCUACUGUCUGGAAGCUUUUGCUUGGUUACCUUCCGCCUGAUCGUUCCCUUUGGCCGUCUGAAUUGGCUAAGAAGAGGUUGCAAUACAAACACUACAAAGAGGAGCUUCUAAUGAGUCCUUCAGAAAUCGCGCAGAGAUUGGCAAAGUCUAAGGGCUGUGACAAUGAUGAGUUGAAGAGUGAGAGCAGAUGCAUACUUCCCAGAUCAGUGAUAACUGAUGAGGAUCAUCCUUUAAGCCUUGGCCAGACGAGCAUCUGGAAUAAGUACUUCCAGGACACUGAGAUUAUAGAACAAAUUGAUCGCGAUGUCAAGCGCACACAUCCAGACAUGCCUUUUUUCUCCAGUGACUCGUCAUUGGGGCGAUCUAAUCAGGAAUCCAUGAAGAAAAUAUUGAUGGUGUUUGCAAAGUUAAAUCCAGGCAUCAGAUACGUUCAAGGGAUGAACGAAAUUUUGGCACCUAUUUUCUAUGUUUUCUGUAAUGACCCCGACAAAGAUGUUGCAGCCCAUGCAGAAGCAGAUACAUUCUUUUGCUUUGUAGAACUCUUGAGUGGAUUUCGAGAUUUUUACUGUCAACAACUUGACAAUAGUGUUGUCGGAAUCCGUUCCACAAUCACAAGGUUGUCACAGCUGUUGAAGGAGCAUGAUGAGGAGCUUUGGCGUCAUCUAGAGAUCACAACAAAAGUGAAUCCUCAGUUUUAUGCAUUCAGGUGGAUCACACUCCUCCUAACGCAAGAAUUCAGUUUCUUUGACAGUCUACAUAUAUGGGAUGCGCUCUUAAGUGAUCCCGAAGGUCCUCAGGAGACGCUGUUGAGGAUAUGUUGUGGAAUGUUGAUUCUGGUGAGGAGGAGGCUCAUCGCUGGGGAUUUCACGUCCAAUCUGAAGCUCCUCCAGCACUAUCCCACUACCAACAUUCCCCAUCUCUUGUACGUUGCCAAUAAACUCCGCUCCAAAGCCCCCUCCUUGUAAAACGCAUCAAAUAUCCAUACAACCAAGUCCCUUUUUCCACUCCAUAUUUUAAAAUUUGCGUGUACAUUUUUGUUAAGAUUUUGAUUGUUGUUCUGUUUGAUCUGCGGUUCACUAUGUUUCUUUCC